GUUGCUACGGGGAGCACGACGGUCGCUCGCUCCGUUUCUGACGGGGCCACGAAAGAUUUAGUGAAGAAACCGAAUUAAAAGCAAAUGCGCGCAGCAAGUGGCAAACGUGUUCCGAUUUAACGUAGCGUAACGACUUGUCUCUAUUUUUCCACAUACCAAAAAUGGUAUUUUUCGCGUAGUUCGUUGUUCGCAUAACACGUAAAACUUCCAAAUGGCGUUCAAUUUUGCAAAUUUGGCCGAUAAUAUGUUGCCUGUUUUUGGCAACAUGCCAAAUGGCGUAAGCCUGCCAAAUCAUCCGAAUUUCAUUAAUCAAUUGGCGGCUGCCAUUACAACGGCCACGGCAGGCGUGGUCGCGCCCUCUACCACAACAACAAACAAUAACAGCGGCAACAACAACAGCAGCAGCAAUAAUUCAGCAGCGUCGCAAUCGGCAACAACAUCAACGCCAAACAAGUCAACUGUGAACAAACUAAAGUCACACAAUGCACAGGGAAGCGCACCCAUGGAUUUAGAAAAUGACAACGACCUUGAUGAACCGGAUGUCAUAGCGGCAGCAGCUGCCGCAGCAAAGCCAGCCGACAAAUUGCCAGGCAGCACGCUAAACCUACCCGAUGCGCAGCAGCUCUAUUUAAACGGUUUGAUGCAUACGCCACCAGGCUACUUGUAUUUUCCGGCGGCACAGAAUGCUGCAGCCGUGGCAGCUGCCGCUGCGGCAACAGCGCCAAGUGGCGGAGUUGCCGCAACAACAGCGAACAAUGCCAGCAAUUCAAGUGCCCAAAUGCUGAUGGAUCCGACGGCUAUGAUGGCGGCUGCAAUGCAACAAAUGCAGCACAACUAUGCAGCUGUGGGCUAUGCAGCCGCUGCAGCUGCCGCUGGCAUGCCAACGGAUGCAGGCGUUGAUCCAAGUCUAGCCACAGAUGGCAGUGGCAAUGCGGCACCACUAAAAGAAGUCAUCAAGACCAAAAACUGCAUAUUGUUUCCACCCAAUCCAAAUGCACCGCCACCCACCAUACGUGAGCGUCCACCCGGCUGUCGCACAGUGUUUGUCGGCGGACUGCCAGAGAACAUUACGGAGGAGGUCAUUCGCGAGAUAUUCGAGUCAUGCGGUGAAAUCACCACAUUACGCAUGUCCAAAAAGAACUUUUGCCACAUACGCUAUCGCCACGAGGCGGCCAUUGAUCGAGCCAUUUACUUGUCCGGCUACCGGCUGCGGAUCACCAGCCUCAAUGAGCCACCCAACUUUGGCCGCCUGCAUGUUGACUACGCCCAGGCGCGCGACGAUCAAUAUGAUUACGAGUGCAAGCAGCGACAGUUGCAGCGUGAGCAGCGACAUCGUGAACGCAUGUCCUUGGAUCGCCUACGUUCGCAGUCGCCGCCACCCAUACCGCAUUACACGGAUCAUGAGGCCACCGCAGUGGCGGAGCAUCUACGCAACAACGACACCUUUGUGAAGGCCAUACAAACCAUAACAGCGUGGCUGGAGCGUGGCGAUUGCACCAAGCGCAAUGCGAACGUCUUCUACUCGAUGAUUCAGAGUACACAUGCGCAUGUGCGACGUUUGCAUGCCGACAAGCAGCAAGUGGAGGAAGAUCUUAGGAAGGCGCGUGAAUGCUUCCGCAAGCAGAUGGGCACCAUGUCUACGCAAUUCACUCAGAUUGAAAAAGUGUUCAAUGCCGCUAGUCACAAGAAGGUUUGGGACCAUUUCACCAAAGCCCAAAGAAAAAACAUCGAUCAAUGGAAGAAAUUGGCCACGGAACUGCGAACGGUCCAGAUCGACGAUGACGAAAUGGAAAUCUCCGAUGAUGACCGCGACUAUGAGAAGCGAACCAAACGCACACGCUAUGACAGCGAUGGGCUCAAGGAUGAGAAUGAUUCGCUACGCUGCCAACUGGAAGCCAUACGCAAUGAGAUGUCGGUGGAGCGCAGCGAUUGUGUGCAACGAGAGAAACAAAUAAAGGUGUUGCAGGAGACCAUUCGCAACAUGCAGACACAGUUGCUGCAGACGAAGUUACGCGAACAGAAGGACAUGAAGACCAUUGAGCAGCUGGAGCGCAAUCUUAAAGAGGCUGGCGUUAAACAACUGCUACUCAAAACCAAAAUCAAGGAGACUGUCGAUAAGCUAAAAGACAAAGAAGCGUACAGCAACAGCAACAGCGCCUCGAAUGCUUCCAAUGCCGAAUAUAGCAGCGGUGAUUCAUGCAGUCACAACGAGGAGGAUGCUAGACCAAAGGAGACAGUGCCAGAACUGGAGAUUAUCGAUAUAGAUAAAGUGGAUGACGAUGUGCGUAUUAUUGAACAUCAAAGCGGCGUCGUUGAAAUCCAUGAGAUCGAGGAUGAUGAGAAGCAGGAAUCAAACUCGGCAGAAAGUUGUCAGAAAACUGUAGAAGUCAAAUCACAGUCCAGCCCGAAGGUUGCUAACGUGCAGGCAAUUCCAGUUAAGACCACACAAGAGAGUGAAUUCAAGUCGCUGGCACUGGCUGAAGCAAAGAUUAUUGCGUUAACCUCGGCCUAUCUGGUUUUGCAUCCACAUGGUGUGGAUAUUGGCAGUGUUGCCAGCUAUCUGCGUAGCAUGCUACUUAAAUCUCUGGAGUUGAAGAGCAACGAUGAACUCGCAAAUAUUUUAACUAAAUACACAAAUCUCUUUAAGUCUGAGCAAUCCAAGUGGAGUUUCUGUGGUUUCACCGACGAUUCUUUGGAUGCAACAAUCUCAAGCGAGGCAUACUGAAAGCCAAGCAUUAACAACAAACACCAACAACAAGAACAAUUAAAUGCUUUAAUUAAAUUACGUCUAUCGUAUCGCAUAGUGGUAAGUGGUGAGGAGAGGUGAGAGGACCGCCAAUUGAAAUGUUAACCAAAAAUGUGUUUGAUGCAAUCACAUAAAUGAGACCAGUUUUCUAAGUGCAAGUAGUUUACAUAAACAUAAACAUACACACACAUACUCUAUCUCUCUUACACAUAGAGAAUGAACUACCGUUUCAAUUAUUUAAACAAUUAAAAUGUACUUUGUAAGCAAAUUCUAAUUACAAUAUAUUGUAUACAGAGAUCAUGCAUAUUAUGGAAAGACACCAAACAAAAUAUUGCAUACAAAUGCUUUUAAUAACGAACCAAUAAAUUUAAUUUUAUG